AUGAUUCAACGCGGUUCUCUAGUAUUCGCCAUUUUGGCGGGUGUCGCCAACGCGUGCGUCUCGUCGGGCGUGUGCGGAUCGUCGUAUUGCGCGGCGCCGCCGGCCGUCGCCUGCUCGCCGUCCACCUGUCAGCCAGGCUACUCGUGCGGACAGUACGGUUGCGCGAGAAAUCGUGCAAGAAGUGCGUUGACGAAAAAAGUGGACGGAAUUUUCAUCGACGACACCAAAUUCGAGUCGUCGUCGUCCGACGGCGGCAAACUUCCUCGCCUCAAAUCGCGCAACAACAUUUUCGGCAUUCGUCGCGAGACCAACACCAACGCAAAUUUGCCGCCAAUCUAUGAGAAUGUCACACUAGCGCAAUACACGAAUCCGAAUUUCAUAUUCCGACAGUGCUGCGAACAACGCGGCCUUCCCGACGCGUGCCUCAACAAGUGCCAUUUCAACACCUACACCAAAGACGCGUUGCAAGGGAUGUACUUCAAAACCGACGGAUGCCCUCUUGAAGCCGCCGCCGACAUGCACUUCUGCGCCGCGCAGGGCCGCGAUCACACCCAGUGCUGCCUUCGCAAUGGUGUCACCACCACGCUCGCCGGCGCCAAAUGCCUCACGUUUUGCGAUCAGCGUCCCGAUCGCGUCACCAAAUUGGACUACUCGUAUGUGCCGUGCUACGAUCGCUUCGAGAACAUGAAGCAAUGCUUCUACAAUGAGAUAAAGCAGAAAGCCGUCGAGCAAUACGGGGCAACGCGUCGCUGA